GUACGGAUGGCCUGCACUUGGACGAAUGAUAAAUGUGUCGACACUGGUGUGAUAAACUUAUACGCACAAGUCGUUACUUCAAAAACAAUUCCUCUGUACUUUAGGAUCUUGUUCACCCUUGUAUUGGAGGUUCCAUCAUCAUAACAUAUAACUUUUCGUACGCCACCCGUCAACUACAAUCUACAUUGCAAUGGUAUUCCGCGUUUAUAUGCUUGCCGUGAAGGCACCUGGCAUCACUAUUGAAGAGUUCAAAGAGCAGUGGGACGUUCACCAUCUCAAACUGCUCAAGGAGAUCGCGGGGGAUGUCUAUCCGGACGUCCACAUUCAUCAUUAUCCAAAACAAGUCCAAGGCCCUGCGGAUGCACUUUACGAUGGCAUUGGGUAUUUGGAAUUCAAAAACAAGGAUGGCUUCCUGAAGAUGAAGGAGAUAGCAGAGAAGCCGGAAAACCAAGCGAGGCUGGAUAAACACGAGAGAACAUUCUUGGAUAAGUCCAAAAUUCAGAUGUACGUGGUGGAGGACGAGGAGUAGCCAAGCAAAGUCUCCUGGUUUUAUGUUGAUGGCAUCAAUAUUAAUGUAAAUUAGAGGCUUCCAACAUGAAAUUUGUUACAAUCAUGCGUUUCCUCUCCUGUAUUUUCGUAAUGUGAAAGGAAUAUAUCAUUAUUUAUAUCAAAA